UGGCAGGUUAAUGAAUUUUGUUUUGUUUUCGUGGGACGGCACAGUACCUGAAUAAUGGUUUUUUAUUAACGCACAAUGUGAAAUAUGCAUCGUUACAUUUCAUAAAUUUGUUUGGUUUUGUAUCCUGUGGUUGUACGAAUUAAUUUGGAGUUCGGGAGAAGGGUAAAGUGUGUCUGUGUUGUUUAGCUCUCUUCCGAAGUGACGGAAUCAAUCUUAUUUCUCAUGCUGUUGACAGAAAGUGAACAGUAAAGAGAAGAGUGAAAGAAACUGAAGGGAGUACCCAAGAAAGUACUAAUAUAUCUUUAUCGACCCAGGGUUUAAUAUCGACCAGGCCUCGAAGCCCGACCCGCAUUUUGGAAAUCAGACUACUGCCGUGAAAAUGGCUGAGAAACCAUAUAAUAAUACCCAGCCUAACCUGAGGCAAGAGAAAUCAGCACGGAAAGAGAAACCAGUAAAUGCUCAGAAUAUCAGAAGAGAUGAGAGCUUGGCAUCUGUACAGGGGAACAUAGUAAAUAAUGAAAAGGGGAAACAUAAGAAGAAGAAGAAGAAUAGGAAGAAGAAAACGCCCGGAGUAAAUGCUGCAGUUGGUGAUGGUAGUUCUGGAGCAGUCAUUCCACAGGAAGAUGUUGAGGCCAGGUCACCAGAUAACAAUGCACCAACACCAGCAGCUGUAAUUUUGGAUCCACAGCAUAAAUAUGUGCUUGAGCAGAACUACAUAGUCCUUCUGGACAAAAAAUCUGCUAAAAAUCCCAAAGCCCUGUUCCUGUGCAAGCUAUGCAAGUAUCUCUGUGACAGCGUGACCGUGGUAGAAAAGCACAUCUUAGAGAAACGUCACCAGAGAGCAGUGGAGGAGGAAGCUGAGAGGGUUACUAUAUUAAAUUUGCCUCCCGCAACUCCAGAACAGUUGAAAUAUCUUGACAACCUUCUGAGGGAAGAAGUUAAACUGCAUGGACUAAGUGACACUGACAUUCUUGCCCGACAGAAUAUUGCAGCUGUUCUUGGAAACACUAUAGAGAAAAUAAUGCCCGGCUUCACAGUAAGGUUGUAUGGCUCCUCGCUUUCAGGAUUUGGUCUAAAGCAAUCUGAUGUGAAUUUGGAUUUAUCUGUACCAGAGGAAAAGAGUCCUGCUCAAGGACUGGCAGCUGCAAGUGAUUUGAUUGCGAGCAUAGAAGCUUACAGUAAAGUAGAACGUGACUUUACUGCAGAAAUUCCAGCAGUCAGGUUCAUUGACAAUGGUACAAACCUGCCAUGUGUAUUGACUGUGCAACAUAAUCAUUCUCACAAGAUUGCUCUUCUCCUCUCGCAAUAUGCAACAGUUGAUGAGCGUGUUCGAACCCUCGGAAUAGCUUUCCGCUUUUGGGGCCAGCAUUGCAAACUUGAUAAUGCUGAAGCUGGCACAUGGCCACCACAUGCUUUCUCACUCUUGGUGGUGUACUUCCUUCAGCAAGUUAGAAGCCCAGUUGUUCCAGUAUUACAUGAAUUACAAACUACAGCAGGAAGUGAUUUAAAUCCAGAUAUCUAUUUAGAUUCCAAAGAUCUUGAAGGAGUGUGGAAAUCUGAGAAUACAAUGUCGUUGGGUGAGCUGUGGUUGGAACUUUUCCGAUUUUAUGCAUUGGACUUUGAUGCCUCGAGAAGGGUUGUCUGCAUAGAGCAGUCAGCCCCUUUUUUACGACACAACAAUGAAAAUAGAUGGGCUGGAAGGAAAAUUGCAGUAAAAGAUCCUUUCCUGCCAAAACGAAAUGUGACACGAAGCAUGGCCACUCAGGCAUGCUUUGAAUACUGCAUAAAAUGUUUCCGAAACACAUACAAGUAUUUUGGAAUUCUCCGUACAAAAUCCGGGCCUGUUUUUGAUAGCAUAUCAUUGGACGUACCAGACACAAUGCCGUGUGCAGAAGGUUCUGCUGCAGAGAAGAUUAUCAAGAAUGCAACUAAUAAUCAUCGCAAUUUUACCAAAGAUAACCCUGCUAUCAUAACUGUAUCUGAGGUAGAAGCAGAACUCCGAAGAACCUCGUUGGGAGACAGUAAAAUGGGUGCAAACCUUGUUUCAGUUUCACUCCCGAAAGCACUAGAAACGUACUCUUGUUUCGGCAACACUCCACUGCAUUAUGAGUUUCAUGGUGAGAACUUCAUUGGGAAUCAGGAAUUUCCAGAAAUUUGCAGUUUUUGCCAGAAGGAAGGUCAUAGUAAGGACCAGUGCAAAGAAGAGCAACUGGCUGACUUUGACACAACUUUGCCACCAAUGGAAGGGUGCUAUAAGGAAGUACUCGAUAAGUUGUGUGCACAUAUUCUAGCAAAGUGGUCAAUAACACCAGAGGAAGUGGAGAAACGGGAGAGAAUUGUCUUGGAUAUGCAGGAAUAUAUUGUGCAGUGUUAUCCAACUGCAAAAUUGGAACUGUUUGGUUCUUCAUGCAAUGGGUUUGGACUACUGAAAUCUGACAUCGAUAUUUGUCUGACAUUCACAGACAGUGAAACUGGCAAGGAACAUAAUUUUGUGAGAAUAAUAGAAGGCUUGCAAAAUAUGCUAAAGAAGCUUGGGGUGAUGAGUAACUUGGUUCCUGUCACAACAGCCAAGGUCCCAAUCUUGAAGUUUUUCCAUAAAGUUUCUGAGCUGGAAGGGGAUAUAAGCAUUUAUAACACUCUUGGGCAGCAGAACACAAAGUUACUGAGAACAUAUGCAGAGAUUGAUCCUCGUGCAAAGAUGCUUGGAUACAUGCUCAAACGAUUUGCAAAAGUAUGUGACAUGUGUGAUGCAUCACGUGGUAGCCUUUCUUCAUAUGCCUACAUCUUAAUGGUGAUAUAUUUUCUUCAGCAGUGCAGCCCUCCUGUGUUGCCAGUGUUGCAAGAGCUGUCAGAAACCCAACCAAAACCUCGGAGAUUUGUGGAAGGCUGUGACACAUACUUCUAUGAAGACUUGGGCAAAGUAGAGAAACUGUGGCCUGACUAUGGCAAGAAUAUGAGCUCGGUGGGUGAGCUCUGGAUUCAGUUAUUAGGCUUCUACAGUGCAGAGUUUGAUUUUGGAAAGUAUGUUAUUUCAAUACGACAGAGGGAACGGCUGCUGCGCUUUGAAAAACUAUGGACGUCCAAAUGUAUGGCCAUUGAAGAUCCAUUUGACCUGACCCACAACCUAGGAGUAGGACUUUCAAGAAACAUGCACAUCUACAUCAUAAAAUCAUUCAGGAAAGGAUAUAUGUGCUUUGGAAUACCUCCACCAGACACUUCUAUGUUAACAGAAAGCGCUGAGGAAUACUUCUUCAAGUCUGAGAAGCUGGCAAGUGGUAACCCACCAAAUGAUAGAGGCUGUCGUAUAUGUAAGAAAAUUGGCCAUAUUCAGAAAGAGUGUCCACAAAGAAAACAAGGUCGACGUAGGAAAUCUGAACAUAAUGAUGGUGCUGGUAGGGGAAGAGCUGCGGGUGGAAGAAUACGGCCCGAGUCAUCAACAGUACCCAGUCUGAAUGUGAUGAGGAAUCCUACAAAUACUGCUCUCGGAGUCUACAAUCCUCCCUUUGGCCUACACCAGAGUCCCAUGCAUGGUGUUCAGUUUGGCCGAGGGAGGUUUUCCAAUCCAGGGGGUUUGCCACCGUACAGAGGAGGCUGCAGUCCUGCAUAUGGCAAUUUUAAGUUUCAGGAUAGGUCAGGCAUGAGGUAUGGUAUGCCGCAUGCUUCUCCUCCACCUUUCAAAACGCGUGCCUCACCAAUGGACAUGAACAGGAAAAGGGGUGCAUCAGGUCUUCCCCCCCCAUUUGGAAAUAUUCAAGGAAGUAUGGUACCAGUAUUUGGCAGUGAGCAGGUGAAUAUGACUGGUAGGCAACAUCCUGUAGGUACAUACACAGAAAUGAGACCUGAACAGCGUUUACAGGAAUGUUACGAGGUUGCACAUCGUUUGCGAUUGACUCAAAACAAAAAGUUGAAUAACAAUUUAAACCAUUUGAGGCCCAAAGGGGAGGUUCAUUGUGUGUCGAACAUACCCAGUAAUGUUGUUGUAAUGGAUGUGUUUCCUCCUGGUCUAAGGUAAUUGUGCUUCAGUAUAAUGAAUAACAUAUUCAGCAUAAACUGAAAUGAGUCACCUCUCAUGACAGUUUAACUUUGCUGCUGGAGCUACGAAAACCAAGGCAUGCUACUCGCUCAUCAGAAUGAAAAUUUCAUGAGGAUUUUAAUUCAGCACUCCCAUGCUACCUGAAACAUGCAGAGUGACAGCACCUGAAGCAGAUGUGUGAUUUUUAAUUAAAAUAUGAUAGAUUGUUUUUUUAUCGAGUGAUGUUCAUCAGUGACUAAAUUAGCUCCACUGCUUUUUGUCAUGAACGUAUUGUCCUAAAACCCUUUUACCGUUUCCACCCCACAUGCCGAUAUAGCAUUUCAUUUUUAAAUUGUAAUAGAUUUAAGAGCCCAUAUGGCUUUCUUGUUUUUUAUUCAUAUAGGUAAAGUUGUCCCUGUAGUCAGUUAAUCAACCAUCAUGCCAUGAAGACGUGUGGAAGAGUGGAGGUAUAACUCCACCAUUCUUAAACUCGGCACUAGAUGGAGAUGGGUGGUUAGCAUGGUGCCCCAGCCACUUUGACCCCGGGGAAAGAGACACCAGUAUCAACUGGAUAAGAGGCUGAGUGGGCCCCAGAGCCAGUCUGGAUGCUCUGGAAAGGACCAGAUUUCGUGCACCUGACAGGAGUGGAACCCCCAGCUGUCCAGCCUGUAUCCCAUUGCUGUGCUAACUGAGCUGUCCUGGCUACUUAUUAUUCAUAUUGUAGCGUGUUGGAUACGUCACGCUACAAAUAACUUUACGCCAUAUUAAAUAUAGUGAAUCUUUAUUGCAGUUCACUUGCACACUUUACAACUAUUAUGACUUGCAGCUUUACAAGUACUGGUUACACAAUCCCUUGGCGUCUAGGUUCCAACCUUCUUCAUCCAAGACUGACUGUUCGAAUGCGUUCAACCCCGUUUUAUAACCUCGGCCGCUGCCAUGCAAAUGAACCCUCUGUUAUAACCGUGGAAACGCUGCUUUGUUGAUUCUGCGAUUCCUACGCAACAGCCAACUGUUGGGGCUGUAAUACCGCUAUUGUUACUUCCUAUGCAACGGUCUGUUCUAGCGUUUCCAUAGAAGUGACUCCUCUGGAUUCCAAACACGUUACAAUAUAAUCUACAUAAUCACAUUUGUAAAACAUUGAUUUUUGGAGCGCCUACUAUCCUACCGUUUGUAACCACUUACACUUUUUUGAUCAGUUCUUUUACUCAUUACUUCACAGCAGCAACACUGAUCACAGUACUCUGCUUACUCACGUUUACAUGGCUCACAUGUAUGCUGCUUAACUUUCUGUACGUGCAGAAUCCCUAGUGAAGGCAACCUCAGUCUUAUGCAUCGACAGAUCAGUUUCCUGAAUCUUGCAGAUAGGAUGAGAGGCCCGUGCAGGCCAGGCAGUGCACUCCCACAGCACUCAGUUCUGCUAACAAUACGUCUCUGGAUUGACGUUUUACUUUAGUGAAUAAUCACACUCGAGGCAUGGUGUGUAUGUUUUGAAUCUCCUGGAACCAUUGUAUCUCAGCAGUUGAAGCACUGCAUAUUCAUGUGGUGGUCCUGGGAUCCAUGUCACAGUUUGUAUAACACAUUUUUCACUCUUGCAUAAAUUGCGUACAUCUAAAAUAAUACUGUAUUUUAAUAUUAUUUUAAGAACUUUUAUAAUUUUAGUUCUUAAAUGUAUUUUUAUUUCUUUAUAUGGAUUCAAUGAACUUAAGCUUAAGGUAUCGGAUGACUCUUUUUAAUAAAUUUUACAUGACUUGUCUUUUUUAAAUUAUGGAGGGUAGAAGUUGGUAGCAUUUUUUACAUUGUUAUAUUUUUCAUGGUUACAAAUCAAACACUGUAGUGGAAACCCAUUUUGUUUCACACAUGUAUCAUUGUUACAUAUUGGAAAUGUCUUUGUGCUCAGGUAUGUUUAUGUAGGAGACGUACUUUUAGUGCAUAAUAAAGAGUACAAUACUACACCACU